AUGGUUCAAAUAUUCUCCACGGACUUAGAUUUGUCUCACCAUCAACAACUGAUUGAGAUAAUUAUUGCCAGCCAUCUCGGAUUAUCACCUGAUGUGUGCCAUCUGGUCAACCUGGAGAACUGGAUAGAUGGCAGCUUUAAUGUCUGCGUGUGCCGAUAUCGACAUCCCAAACCAAUUUUCCAAGAAGCAGGUGAUGAUGCAGCUUCCACCAUCAUGCCGAGUUGGUGA